GGCCUACUCUCCGUGUGUUCCGCAUGGGUUUUCGCAAUCGCCGCGCGGAAUCGCGGUAAAAACUCGCGAUUACGUUCACGAUCGAUUAGGCUCGGGCAGCGCGGCUAAUGAAUCUGGUGUGUGACGAUGCAAGGCGCUACGAUCAGCAAUCCGUUGCUGAGCGUCCUGCCGAUCGCGUGUAAUUGACUCCGAGGCGUUGUGAAAAUCGGAGCGACCGUCGUCGGAGCGGACGGUCGCCGCGGAGUGCUUUCCCUGAAAAAUGUGGCGGUGCUCACGACGAAAAGCGUCACUCCGUGCGAACGAGUACGACGUUGUCGAGGAACGGUUGGCGGAAGACUCGAAGUGUCCGACGUGCUUCCUCGACUUGAGACCUCGCGAGAAUUCGCGUGCGGUCGCGUGCGCAUACGUGCGCAACGGUGCACGCAUAAUUGGUGCACGGCGGGCUGUUCAUGCGGGCAUCCCUUCUGUCAGUCGAAGUGGGUGAGACACCUGAUUCCGAUCGCUGGAUAGACGCUUUAGACGUUUCUUCUCCAGUGGUAGCAGCGAACCUCUCAUUUGGUUAUUGACGAUCAUUCUUCCGCGUUGUAAACUGUCUUACCGAGUUCCUGUGUUGAAAUUUCGUGAUCAUAGAAUUUAAAGCCGCUUUCUUUAGUGGAUUUAUCGUUAUAGAACUCGCUCACUUAUCUCGGUCACGACGAUCUGCUGAUCGAAAUAUUUUGAAAAUAUUUCUGAAUGAGUUUUAUUAAAUAUUUCUUUCUUGUGAACGUGACGACUACCGCAAUUAUCGUAUAGUAAAUAAAUAAUUGAAAGCUGUUUUGUGAAAAAAUGUGUUUAUUUAAAUGUGCAAAAGGAUUUAAACAUUAUUAAACUGAGAGAACUUGCACAUUGUACAACAGAAGCAGUAGUAGCAUAAGCUAUCAGCUUAUAAGAAAACGAAUCAUUGUAUUAACUUUAUUUCUUCAAGAAGUUUUGCCAUAUUAAAUUAAAGAACACUGUUUGCCUUCAGCGACAUCAUGGACGAUGAUAUUGAUGAUAAAGAUGAUACAAAGCGAAAAUCGCGUAAUCUCAGCGAAAAGAAACGCAGAGAUCAAUUUAACAUGCUUGUGAACGAGCUCGGUAGUAUGGUUAGUGCCAAUACACGAAAAAUGGAUAAAUCCACGGUGCUAAAAUCGACAAUUUUAUUUUUAAAGAAUCAUAAUGAGAUAGCAGUUAGGUCGAGAGUCCAUGAGAUUCAAGAAGACUGGAAACCGUCUUUCCUUUCUAACGAAGAAUUUACUCAUCUUAUAUUAGAGGCGUUGGACGGAUUUAUAAUGGUUUUUUCUUCAAACGGGCAUAUUUAUUACGUCUCCGAAAGUAUUACGUCUUUGCUUGGAUAUCUUCCAAACGAAUUGGAGAACACGACCAUUUAUGAUAUAACGUAUCAAGAGGAUCAGCCGAAUUUAUACAAUAUUCUACUGAAUCCUGAAAGCACACGAGACAGACACAGUAUGAAAAAAGAUGACCAAAUUUCUUUUACGUGUCACAUCAAAAGGGGCGGACUCGAUUUCCGGGAAGAAUCUAUUUACGAACUUGUACAGUUUAUUGGCUACUUUCGUUCUGCUAUGGACAGCGAUGUUGACAAUCUGUUGCCAAGUCAGAAACUUAGUAACACAAGCGGAUUAGAUAACAAAUUGGUGUUCGUGGGUACGGGGCGUUUGCAAACUCCUCAACUCAUCCGAGAAUUAUCCGUGACGGAUAGUACGAAGUCAGAAUUCACAUCUCGCCACAGCCUCGAAUGGAAAUUUCUAUUCUUAGAUCACAGAGCUCCGCCGAUUAUUGGAUAUCUGCCUUUUGAAGUUUUAGGCACUUCUGGUUACGAUUAUUAUCACGUGGACGACUUAGACAAUGUAGUUACGUGCCAUGAAUCACUGAUGCAGAAAGGCGAGGGAACGUCUUGCUACUAUAGAUUCCUCACGAAAGGCCAGCAAUGGAUUUGGCUGCAGACUAGAUUCUACAUCACCUACAAUCAGUGGAAUUCGAAACCUGAAUUUAUCGUGUGCACGCAUUACGUGGUCAGUUACGUCGACGUAAUGAAGGUAUCGCGCGCGGAAUCGGGGGAUUACGAUAAAACGCAAAAUCAGGACGUGUUACUACCCGUAAAACAGGUAAUGACAUCUUGUCAAACACCGUUAACGCAAUGGUCUAACAAAUCGUCGAGAACGUCGAAGUCGAUGACAGCUUCCAAUAUCCGACAUCGCGGUGACGGUUCUAAUACAUCCUCAAUAUCCGUUUCGUUACGAAGUUCACCACACUCGCAAAUAACGCAUGGAUCAAGAUCGAACGCAGCUUCUGCAAGCAGUUCUGUUGUGUCGAAGCCGAUAGCAUCGGUUGAUAGCAGCAGGCAACAGCAACAAACGCAACAGCAGCAACAACAGCAGCAACAGCAGCAGCAGCAGCAGCAGCAGCAGCAGCAGCAACAACAACAACCACAGCAGCAGCCGCAACAUCAGCUCGAUGUUAAUCAGUCGUGUAUUAAUUUUAUGGAUCCCGCGCAAUACGCAACGGUUAAUCUACAAUCGGUCGUUACAACAGGAUUUGCAACUCCUGCUGCUCCAAUUUUGUCAACCGUACCUACCCAUGAGAUGUUACAUCAGCAGGGUAUAGUAAUGACACCUGCGCAAAAUCAAAUACAAGAUGAAUUACAACGGAAACACGAAGAGUUACAACAAUUGAUUGUUCAUCAGCAGGAAGAAUUAAGAAGGGUCUCAGAACAAUUAUUUAUCGCUCGAUAUGGGAUUCUCACUCCAUUAUUAAAUGCUGGUAUACCGUAUAAUCCAUCGAACCCGUGUCAACAAGCAAACCGUUGUAAUACCAAUAAUACUAACGUGCAGUUACCCGCAUCCAAUAGCGUACAAGGCGUGAAUGUGCUUCCCAUACCAAUUACCGUGCCAGUGCCUAUAGUGCCUACGGAAUUAUUUUCGCAUUCCUUACAAGUGAAUUCGUCGCCAGGCUCGACGCAUGGCAAUGUGGGCGCUAUAAUUCAAACUCAACAGCAACAGCAGCAUCCACAAUUGCAACAUCAGCAGCAACAACAACAACAACAACAGCAACAACAGGGGCCAUCGCAGCAGGAAAGUAGCAAUUCCGAUCUCGUGCCUUUCCAGAUCUGUCCACAGCAGGCCGAGAUGAUCUAUAGUAACAUGGAGGCGUCCUCGAAGCAAAGAUCAUCGCAAAAUUAAAAAAGAUUUUUAUUUUUGAUAUUCUAAUUGUAUCCAAGUGAGUAAAAAUUGUGUACUUCUAAGCUUAGAAUUCUUCCAAAUUUUUUUUUCUCUUUAAAAGAUUUUUUCUUGAAAAUCUUUAAAAAAGUCUAUUUUAUUUAUUUAUUGCCAUGAAGAAAUUGGCAGAUAUCUAAUGUCAAGUGCAAAUGCAUUGUUGUUCUACUUUUUCUUUUUUUCUUAAAAAAAAUUGAAAUUUUUGUAAAAAUUGUUGUAUGUUGCGAAUGUAUAAAAAUAUUUUAAGAAAUUAUAAUAAGCGCAUUUGUGUGAUAGCAGCAGAUAUUGCAUAAAAUGUAACAGAACUUCGGUAUUUUAGUACAAUAGUGUGCAAUUUUUAACAUAUUGACUACUUGCCAUUCUACAAUUGUACAUUUGUUUAUAAUUACAUCUUUGUUUUUUUGUGCGAAUCUAUAUAUAUAUAUAUAUAUACAGAGUCUUAUACGUAAUAUAUUAUAUCUUUUAAUUUUACUUUCAAGAAACUCUUAAACUAUGAGGGAGGCAAUGUAAAGUAAAGUAUUAUUGUGCCACGAAAUAUGUAUAUUACAUAAAAAGAAUUUAUAAAAAUUAAUUACACAAGAAUUAUAAAAUGAUAUCUAAAAGAAGU